GUCUACUCUUCUCUCUCUCUCUUUCUCUCCGCAGACAUCAAUUCUCCUUUUUUGACUCAAAAUUCUUCUGCGAGUUGGGCUUUUGCUUUGAUCCGUUCCCAGUGAAUCUCACUGCUUUCAUCUGAAAAUCACUUCACUUCACUUUCUCUCUCUCUCUCUCUCUCUUUGGGUUUCUCUUGCAAGAACCGUAUGUUGGUUUGAUCAAGAUAAAUCAUCUGAACAUCACUCCCUUUUGUCUGUAGUGGUGAGAUGGGUUUGGACGAUACUGAUGCUGUGAAAGCUAAAGUAAACUUGCAAUUGAAGAAGCAAUCUAACGAGAGUGAGAAUCACAAAAAGAAGAAGAAAAACAAUGGCGGUGGCGACGAAGAAGAAGAAGCAAGUGGGUGUUGGCUCAACUUAAGGUUUAUGUUUGGUUGCGUACCUUCAAAACCAGAUGUUGAUGGUGCUUCUUCUUCCCCUUCUCUCUAUGCCACUACCAGCCCCAUCGUGGAAAGUAAACAGGCAAAUGAGAAACCAAAUGAUCAACCAGUUUCCUCCACGACAACAACAACAACAACUAGCAACGCGGGAAGCUCUUCCUCAACCCCAAUGAUCAGCGAAGAACUUAAGGUUUAUUCUAACCUCACCAAGUUCACUUUCAACGACCUUAAGCUAGCUACCAGAAACUUCAGACCCGAGAGUCUUCUCGGAGAAGGAGGUUUUGGUUGCGUCUUCAAAGGAUGGAUCCAAGAACACGGUACUGCUCCUGUUAAGCCCGGUACAGGUCUCACCGUAGCUGUCAAAACCUUGAAUCCUGAUGGACUUCAAGGUCACAAAGAAUGGCUUGCUGAGAUUAAUUUCCUUGGGAACCUUCUUCAUCCUAAUCUAGUAAAGCUGGUUGGUUACUGCAUAGAAGAUGAUCAAAGACUGCUUGUUUACGAGUUUAUGCCUAGAGGAAGUUUAGAGAAUCAUCUUUUUAGAAGGUCGUUGCCACUUCCUUGGUGUAUACGGAUGAAGAUUGCGGUAGGAGCUGCAAAAGGUCUCAGUUUCCUCCAUGAAGAAGCUUUGAAGCCUGUCAUCUACCGAGAUUUCAAAACGUCAAACAUUUUACUUGAUUCAGACUACAAUGCAAAACUAUCUGAUUUUGGACUUGCCAAAGAUGCUCCUGACGAAGGCAAAACACAUGUUUCUACUCGUGUUAUGGGUACUUAUGGUUACGCUGCUCCAGAGUAUGUUAUGACCGGUCACUUGACGUCAAAGAGCGAUGUGUAUAGUUUCGGUGUGGUUCUUCUCGAGAUGCUAACUGGACGAAGGUCUAUGGACAAGAACCGACCAAACGGUGAGCACAACUUAGUGGAAUGGGCGAGACCGCAUCUACUUGACAAAAGAAGGUUUUACAAGUUGCUUGAUCCGAGGCUGGAAGGUCAUUUCUCGAUCAAAGGCGCACAAAAGGUGAUUCAGCUCGCUGCACAGUGUCUUAGCCGUGACCCCAAGGUUAGGCCAAAGAUGAGUGAUGUUGUCGAAGCGCUCAAACCGCUUCCUCAUCUUAAAGACAUGGCAAGCUCUUCUUACUACUUCCAGACAAUGCAAGCCGAGCGUUUGAAAAACGGGUUGGGUCGGUCUCAGGGGUUUGGAUCAAGAAAAGGACAACCACAACCCGUGUUUAGGACACUGUCUAGUCCUCAUGGAUCUCAAGGAGGAAACGGAUUUGGAUCAAGAAAGGGGCAGCCACAACCUGUGUUUAGGACAAUGUCAAGUCCUCAUGGUGCGUCGCCUUACCGACCUCAGAUUCCUUCUCCGAAGCCUAAAGGAGCAACUACAUAGCUUCUCUUGCGUGUGGACAUAGGGCACAACGAAGAAAGGCUUCAAUGCUCAAAGCUUUAUCGUUUGUUUAAGCGGCAAGAGAUAUAUUUUUAACCAAUGUUACUGUAAACUCUUUAUUUAAUCGAUUAAUGUAAAAACGUUGUAAGAACGGUGAAGCCAAAUGGGUUGUCUAUGGAAACUGUUAUCUCAGUA